CAAUUUUGGUCAUAAAAUUCAAUGUCAACAAUAUCGUCACUUUUGUAAUGCGUGUGGUUGUUCGAAGUCAAAGUGUUAAUAUUUUCAGAGAUAUUAUGUAAAAACAAAGUGAUUAAAUAGUGUGUCCGAUCGCCUCAAUUGUAAGGAAAGGAGGAGAUUUUUAGGGCUGCGGCCACAUGUCAAUGGUAGGUGGAAAGGUCCUUCAGGGACGCGUUUCUCGCGCUUCUCGAACCCCUUUCUCCAGAAAAGCAGUGUUAAAAAUGUUGGCCGUGAUGGAGGCAGGGUCUCAGGGCGCGGGCCCAUCAAGUGGGCCUUCGGCUCACACUGAGCCCCCCAUUCAAGAAUUUCUUAGUUCCGGUAGGACGGGAAGGAGAAACGCCUUGCCAGAUAUUUUAGGUCAACACGCGGUGGUCACGUCAUCUGACCUCCCCGCCCGGUUGCAAGCCCUCAGUACAAAGGACCAGGGUCCCGCCUCGCCGUCAGUCCCGGGGGAACCCAAACCAGGUCCCAGCACGACCCAGAGUUGAAACUCUCGCCCCUCCGACGUUAUAACGGUAACAAAUACAACCCAUUGUCAAAUUAAUAGCUGUGACGUAGAUACAAAAGUAAAAUAAUGUUCCAGUGCAAAAUAAUACUCUAACAUUGUCGCGUAGAAGCCUGGCAACAUACGUUUUGCUAAAAAAAAUUGUAACUUAAAAUCAUUUUCGCUUACUGUUAGAAGAGAACAGUAACUGUUUUGGAUAUUUAUGUUUUAAGUUAUUUUCAAGAGAUCUGUAAUGUUUUUAAACAUACUGUAAUAGCCGGUUUAUAUUUCUGAUCUUAAUCCUACCACUAACAUUAAUUUUGAGGAUAUUAAUUAAGGCAAAUGAAUGCAGGCAUUCAAUUCUUAAAAAUUUCCUUAAAGCACAUAUUAUUACCAAAUUCAUUUUCUCAUUGCUCUUAACAUUACUGACUUUUAAAACUUUAAUGUGUUACAUUUUUUACCUUUGCUGCCCUCUUAGUAAUGUCAUCUUCCGUCUGGUAAUGAUAAACGGUUGAUCACAUAUUAUUGCUAUCAUUAUAUGUAUUUUCAAAAAAUUCUAAAAGGUUCUAAAAUUUUAUUUGAAAAAUUACAAGUUUUUAAUACUAAUGUUAAGGAUAAGAUUAGGAUUAUUAUCUGAAAUAUGAAUCGACCUCAAACUAAUAAGCUACUGCAAGAUGAUUUAAUUGCAGAUUUAAUUACUAAUUUUAUUGUUGAAAAAGUAAAAAAAAUCUUUGUGCCAGAAGAGUCUAUUUAAAUCAGUAUAUUUAAUGUACAAAGCAUCCAACCUCUAGGUAUCAUUUACUUAUGUUUACAUAUUUUGUAAGGAAUAGAAGUCACUCGAUUUUAAGUAUGUUGAUACAGAGAAAUAAAAUUAAAUAAGAAUAACAAUAUAAUAAGUUAUUAAGUUAUUUUGGUGUGCUAGCUAACAAGUUUAAUAAAACAUGAAACCGUGAACUAAACCAAUCAAUUUUUAUGUAAAAAAGAAAUUUUCAAAGUAUAUAGUAGAGAUCGCGAGAAUUUUUUUCGUUUUGACAUUUGACAUUCCUGAAUCACCCUGUACACACACAAAAAAAUUUUUGCUACACUACUACUUAUGAGCAAAUUAAAACAUUUCAGCAGCAUAAAACAUAUUUUUCUUUAUUCAACCAUGUUAUGUUUUUUUAAUUUUAUUUCACUGUUUCAACUGACCUUUUAACUAAUCAUUUGAAGACAUUUUUUUUAAUAAUCAUUUAAUGAAUUUCAUUACCUCUUUAUUCGGUCAUGCACUGAAUGUCAAAGUUUUUCCCAGUGGUAUUUUAUUUGUUGUCUCAUUUUUUAAUUAAGUGAUGUAAUAGAGUUGGUCUCUUUUUCUAAUAAUACAUAAUAUAGAAUAGAUAGUUUUUAAAUGGUAUCACAUUUUUUGAAUCUUUUUUACUGUGUGCAUCAAACGAGGCAUCAAAUCAUUUUUUUAUGUUGAUAACCGUAAUCAUACUCAUUUAACCAAAUUUUUGAUCUUAAGAUCUUUCACUUCGUAGUAUUACAAAUAAUUAUUGUUAAUCUCAUGAUUUUUCUCAAAGAAAUUUGAUGUCAUAUCACUUUUUCUUGUGUCGUUUGUUAGAUUAGAUUUUUCGAAUCAUAUUUUUAGUUAACGCAAUUUUUCGUAUUUUCUAUUCAUCGAUCUGAUUGUAUAUGUGUGUGUGUGUGUUUAAUGUAGAUAAAUGAGAGAGAGGGAGAGAGAGAGAGAGAGAGAGAAAUAUUCUACAAGGUGGAACAUUAUAGAAAUGUUAAAACCAAAGAAAUGUAAAAACCAAACUUUUUAUUAAUUGCUUCAAAAUACACUCUCGAUUUAAAUCCGACGACGUCUGGAUUUUAAUGUGUAAGAUAAGGAUGAAGAUGUCCUAAUAGAAAAGCCAAAUAUGUUAAAAAGAGGCAAAGGGCGGUUGCCGAUGUGAUAUUGACAGAUUUUUCAUCCAGAACAACUACCAAAAACAAUAAUAUAUUAUGGGUUUGGCAACAUUUUAUUCAUAUAUAUCAAUCAGUCAACAAUCUAUUUCACUCCUAUAUGUUUAUUUAGUCGUUUAAAUUCUAGUAUUGAAUAUAAAUCGAAAAAGUCUCCAUAGCGCGGCGCGAAAACGUUUUGCCUAUAAAGCGAGAAGUCCAGAGUUCAAUACCGGCUCGGGGUAUUUUUUUUAAAUUUAUUUUCGUUUAUAUUCUGUUAGUAAAGUAUUAAAUAAUUCUGGUGGUUAAAAAAAAACAAAUAUAAUAUUUAAACAAUAAAAAAUAUUUUAAUAAUAAAUAAUAGGACAAUAUAUCUACUCAGGGUGCACUAUUAUACCUAUAUAUACAUUUUAAAGGCUCUAAUUUUAUACAAUUACUUAAAUGAAAUUUGAAAGAAUCCAUUUGUUGCAAACUUUUAUUACAUUUUUUUUAAUUCUUUACGCAGGGUAUAUUGACGUAUGUUGUUUUUAUAUUUCUAUUUGUUCCACCUUGUAACACCCGGCGUAUUAUCAUUAGUUUUGUAUUGGUUAUUUAUCAUUAAUAAUGAAACAUACCAAAAACCUCGGAAUAAUUUAUACAGCAAAAAAAGUAUUUUGUUGAACAUUCUGGCCUAUUGAUAAGUUUAGCAACGACAAGGUUUGUGAUAUUAAGUUAUUAAUUUAUUUGUUUAUUGCGAUAUUUAGGUCAUAGAAUACGUUUGUUUAUGACUAUAAUGCCAUAUUAUUAAAAACUCGUUACAAUGGCCUUUGAAACAAUAAUCUAUGAUUAAUUUGUGACAAGUAUUAAAAUAAAAAAAUAAAUAUUAGCAUAAUCCUCGUCUUAAAUUAAUAUUUAAAUGGAAAAACUAAAGAUGUCAAUACAAAUCUGUCAAUUUUCAAAUGAAUAAAUGAAUAAUGUCUAAUAUGUCAAAUAAAUAACAUAUAGAGAUCGGUCUAACAGAUAUUAUUGAUUAUUUCAAAGGACACUGGCGUUUUAAAAAUUUCAUAUACGUAAAAUUUUGUGAGAGAUCUGGCUCUAAUGGGCUUUAGUAUUUCCUGAAAAAAUGUAUUCUAUGACUUAUGUAUAUUUUUCUUGAUUGUGAUAAUUUGUCGUGUUUUUUUUUGUAAAAAUUAGUUUUUUAGAAUUUUUGUUUUGUGAUUCUUGAGGUAAUUAAAUAUGUUUGCAAAAAUAAAGCGGUGUUGUUUAUCUUUUUUUCUAUAUAUAUGUCAAAAACCUCGAAAAGUACAGAUUUUAGUAAAGUGAAUCAAAAUUGAAAAAUAAAAAAUAUUGAUUUUUGUUCUAGUAUGAGUUAUUUACACAUAAAAAAGAUAUUUCUACGUAAGAUAUUUGCAAUAAUAAGUUGUUACCUUUUUGCAAACUUUCUUUAAAUAAAUAAUAACUAUCUGUAAGUGUAAAGUAUUUAUUUACCUCAGGGAUCGCUAAACCAAACCAAAAGGUAUUUUACUUGUUUAAGCUACACACGUAAACGUUUUAAUGUAAAAGGCAAAUGUCGUUAGUGUAGAAAUGUAGCUCAAAUAUUUAUGGCAAAAGAAAACUAGUCAUAUAUUAGACGAUUGUAUUCGAGUUAAGACCAUUUUUAUCGAUAUUUAUAUGGAAUCCAUUAUAUAAAAUAAACACUUAAAUUGAU